CUUCCUCCCUCCCUUCUUCCCUCCCUUCUUCCUUCCUUCCUUCCUUCCCUCUCUCUCUCUCUCUUUCCUCCCUCAAUGUUUAUUUAUUUCCUUUCUUUGCAGCAGCCGCAAGUGAGGUCAAACGACAGUGACAUUGUGAACCUGCCGUGCGAUAACUGGGCUGUUCUUCUGCCUGGGCCAAUGCUAGAUCUGGAAGUGGUUCCCGAGCGGUCUCUUGGGAAUGAACAAUGGGAAUUCACCUUGGGAAUGCCAUUGGCUCAGGCUGUAGCAAUUCUUCAGAAACACUGUCGUAUCAUCAAAAAUGUGCAGGUUCUCUACAGUGAGCAGUCUCCUCUUAGCCAUGACCUCAUCCUUAACCUGACUCAGGACGGAAUCAAACUGCUGUUUGAUGCUUUCAAUCAAAGACUUAAGGUGAUUGAAGUUUAUGACUUGACUAAAGUGAAGUUAAAAUAUUGUGGUGUUCAUUUUAACUCUCAGGCAAUUGCUCCGACUAUAGAACAAAUUGAUCAGUCUUUUGGAGCCACUCAUCCCGGAGUGUACAACUCUGCGGAGCAACUUUUCCACCUCAACUUUAGAGGACUGUCUUUUUCCUUUCAGUUGGACUCCUGGACUGAAACUCCAAAGUAUGAGCCAAACUUUGCCCAUGGCCUCGCUUCUCUGCAAAUCCCCCAUGGGGCAACUGUGAAACGCAUGUACAUCUACAGUGGAAACAGCCUACAGGAUACCAAGGCUCCUCCGAUGCCCCUCAGCUGUUUCCUUGGAAAUGUGUAUGCAGAGAGCGUUGACGUUCUGAGAGAUGGAGCUGGGCCCUCAGGUUUACGGCUCCGCUUACUCACUGCAGGAUGCGGCCCUGGCGUAUUAGCGGAUGCCAAGAUGCGGGUAUUUGAGCGCUGCGUGUAUUUCGGUGAUUCGUGCCAAGAUGUGCUGAGCACCUUGGGAUCUCCUCACAAAGUUUUCUACAAGUCAGAAGAUAAGAUGAAAAUCCAUUCGCCUUCUCCUCAUAAGCAAGUACCUUCAAAGUGCAAUGACUACUUUUUCAACUACUUCACGCUUGGAGUGGAUAUCCUUUUUGAUGCAAACACCCACAAAGUGAAGAAAUUUGUUCUGCAUACGAAUUACCCGGGUCAUUAUAACUUCAACAUUUAUCACCGCUGUGAAUUCAAGAUCCCACUAGCAAUUAAACGAGAAAGUACUGAUUCACAGAUGGAAACCUGCACAACAUACAGCAAGUGGGACAGUAUUCAGGACCUUCUUGGACAUCCAGUAGAGAAACCGGUAGUACUUCACAGGUCGUCCUCUCCAAACAACACAAACCCAUUUGGAUCGACGUUUUGUUUUGGCUGCAGCGGAUGAUCUUUGAGGUGAUGCAGAACAAUCACAUUGCGUCCGUAACUCUGUACGGCCCCGCGAGGCCCAGCGGCCAGUUGAAAACGGUGGAUCUCCCCCAGUGAGCAAUAUGGGCUAACCGAAAUGCUACCAAUUUAGUAGUACAGCGUGCCUUGAUUUGCUACCACUUAGAGUAUGGGAAAAGAAGCACGGUAUGGUUGGAUAUAUAUGUGUGUAUAUGUGUGUAUGUGUCUAUAUAUGUGUGUCUUCAAUACAAAAACCCUGUUUGUCCCCUCCCGGGCAUGGAGGAGAACAGGGGAUUCCUCUUGACGGUCCGUUGCAUGGGACGAGUGGCGGCUGUGAGCGGAUACGAGUGCCUGCCACACGACCGGCGUUUCUCUCCUUAGCUGCACAUGUCCUCUAUUCCAACAUGGGAGAUUUAGGACUCGUCUGGUUUAUUUCCCUGAGCCGGAAGAAGGCCGAGCUUAAAAGAAGAGGGCACACAAAUGACUGCACGACUUAGAAGCACAAACUCUCUGAGCCUUGGGGCGUCUGGGAGCAGGUCUUGGAUCUAAUUAUACAUGUUUAUGUAGAUAUAUAUUAUUUUUCCCCCCAGUCUGUGCUUGUGUUAACUGAAAUGAUAAUGGUGGUCAAUUUUUUUAAAGGUAAAAUUGGGUGCGCUUAUGCACAUGCAGAAUUUAUACAUUGAUGUAUAUAUAUAUAUAUAUAAAGAAAUUAAGUACUUGGGUAUUUCUGUGGCUUAAGGACAUUGUACCAAAUAUGACACGUAUGUACAUAUAACAUGUCCGUGAUUUCAGGCACCACAUGUUUGCCUGACGUGGAAACUAGCGCAAAGCAGCAUGUGCGUCAGGCUCGGUUGUAACAUUUGUUUUGCACUACAUACACUUUAAUUACUUGAUAUAAGGCAUUUUAAUCCUUCACUGAAGAGCAUCGGUGUACUGGGUGUGCUGGUUUAUUUAAUUGUUCGCCAUGCGCAAA